AUGGAUUUAAGAGAUGCAGAGCCUACCAUAAACCCAAACGUGUUUAGCAUAUCUAAACUUUUGGACUGUAAGAAUGAAAGACCAAGAAUUGCCUGUAUAUUCUUGAGUCAGUUUGAUAUGAAAAAAGGAAAUAUCAUAAUAUGGUCUAAAAGUAUUAAAGAUACAACAUUCAACUUGAACAAUAUUGAAUUUAAAUCGUUACCUGCUGGAAUUCACGAACAAACCGACGAUAUUGUCAAUUUUGUAGUUCCUAAGGGAGAAGCACUUGGCGACGAUGAUACUGUUAAGAGGCCUGUCUAUGAUUACGGAAUUGCCUAUUUCAAACAAAAUUCCUUUGAUAUUAUUGAAAAUAAUAAUCAGGUUGAUAGAAAUAAAGUUCUAAUGUUUUCUCUUGGUAUAGUUAUCGAUGUUCAAGAUCUCCCAUCGAAUGGUAAAAAAGACUUUUAUAAAGAGAUAUACCAUGCUUACGACGCAAACAGAUAUGCAAGCCAUUUAAAGGAGCUGCUUAGUCAAUGGAUGAGGCAGGGGGAGCUUGACAACUUUUGCCUUUUCGAAAAUUUCUUCGAAAAGAAUAAUAAAGAUCACAUAACUGAAAAUUCAGUAGAAAUUGUGGAAACCACACCCAAGGAAACGCGACAUUUGAUCGAAUACAUGCCGUAUUGGGCGAGAAGUUUGGGCCCUUUAAUAUUUACAUUAUGGAAGGCAAGCCUUCUCCAAAGGAGAAUAUUGGUUCUAAUUCCUCAAGGAGAAUCAUUUGAAAAAUGUAAUUCCUUGGCUUAUUGCAUUUUCUUAAUAUCAAUGCUUUCUAAGGAUAUGGUGGGGAACCAUAUAAAUGAUGAAUACGUUGUGCCUCUUUUCACUGUAUCAACAUCGGAUAUAUCAUUCCUGGAGUCACUUGGCGAAGAGCGUGGCUAUGUGGCAACAACCAGUGAAGAGAUUUUGUUGUAUAAACCUGAAAUUUACGAUAUCAUAGUCAAACUUCCCUCAAGUUCAAUCAUCGAAGAAUUUCCAGAAAACGAUGUGGAGAUCAUCGCUGCAUCUGGUGAACACAAUAGAGCCACUCCUCUUGACUUAGAAACAUAUGAAAAAGUUAUACUUAGUGAAUUAGAAGAAGAUGUUUCAACAAAUGUGAAAAAUAAGCUUCAUAAGGUGACAGAGCCUAUAUCGUGGUUACAAUUUUUGAUUGAUGGUUUCUAUCUCCUAACCACAGCGGGUUAUUUGAUGGCGCCGUACCAUAUGGCAAAGAAUUUCAGACCUUUAAAGCUUAUUUCUGGUUCAAAGUCCAAUGAUUCGGAAAUUCAGAUGGCCGAAAAUUUGAUUCGUUACUUCCACCUUAGAACGUUAAACUUAUACAACCGAUUGAAAGACGUUAUUCAAAAAAAUGAAAGCAUCGGGUCCGAACAAUCUAUUACCAUCUCAGCCUCAUUUUUAACCGACUUGAAUCUGGAUUGCUUUAGUUUACAAGAUCAUCAAUUUAUAAAGGAUAUCACCUAUAAAUGGUUUCAAAGAAAUAUCGAUAUUAGUAAUCUUCCAGAAUGUGUUGGGGAUCUCUGCUAA